AUGCUUCCUAUGAGAUACAACAGACCCGUGCAGGACACUGGGCGCUUUCAAUUCACGAUUGAUGAGACUGGAUCUGCUACGGGCGAGGACAUCGAGCUGGGACGGUAUGAACAGACUCAUGGGUCAAGUACAGGCUGCCCCGAAAAUGCCGGUCAGAGUCAGAGUCGUCCUUCACGGCCGUCUCUGGCUUUGAAGAUACCAGCCUUUCCAUCCUCGAGUAGGUCUCCUGACAAACGAGGUUCAGGGCAACCGUGGUUAUUAGUCAGGAAACAGAAGCGACCUGCUUCACGAUCUUUGUCAAAGGUAGUGAAUCUACUCAAACUAUCUUUGAUGCUUCUAGGAAUAUUGCAAUGCGUCGCCUAUGUCUUCGGCGUUCUGAACGCUCUCUUUCCAGAUGACUUCGACCUCGUUUCAAAGCCUUUUAGGGAUGUAUUAAUCACACCUGGAAGCCCCGGGACAUGGUCAGAGGAUCCCACCACAGACGUUCAGCCUCUGAUGUGCCAUUCCCAUAAUGAUUACUGGCGUCGAGAACCCCUUUACCAAGCUCUCCGGGCAGGUUGUACAGGAGUUGAAGCUGACGUCUGGUACUUCGACGACCAGCUCUACGUGACGCACACCGUGUUAGGGAUCCGCCAAAAUCGAACCCUAAAAAACCUUUACCUCGAUCCUUUGACGGACAUUCUCAACCGCCAAAACCAGCUUCCCAACUUUCUCGGCCCACUGGAUGAGACACGCAACGGGGUCUUCGCCACUCGUCCGAUGCAAACUCUUGUUUUACUAAUCGAUUUCAAAAACGACCCCCAGCGCAUUUGGCGCCGCCUGGAGUCCCAUCUAAGCUACUUCCGGGACAAAAAAUACCUGACUUACUUCAACGGCACCGCGGUCGUUCAAGGUCCUUUGACUAUCGUCGCCUCCGGAAUAGCCCCUUUUGGUCGCAUUGUGCAAAGAUCAACCUACCGAGAUGUUUUCUACGACGCUCCGCUCGAUGUUCUGGCCUCAUUGCCGGGUAGCAGAGGACCAACGGCAUCCUUACCCCACUAUACCACCGACGCAGAUGACUCUUCCCUUAUCGACGCGCCUUACUAUCCACAGAACGCGGCAAUUUACUCUCCCGCUAACUCCUACUACGCAUCCGUCUCCUUCGUCCGAUCAAUCGGCUAUCCCUGGCACUCGACUCUAUCCCAAGCUCAACUCGACCUCCUGCGCAGACAGAUUCAUGCCGCCCACAGCCGCGGCCUGAAAGUCCGGUAA